AUGGCUCCGCCCCUGUGUGCCCCGAGGGGACGGGCGGAGGGGCUGAGCAAAGGCAUAAAGGCGCCUCCACCUCCAGCCUGGCUGCUGCUCCUGCUUCACCAUCUCCUCCGCCCUCGAAGCCCUCGAAGCGCGCCUCCUCCACCAAGAGAGCGCCGCCGCUCCGAGCCGCGCACCAGGCGGGCGAGUCUGCUCAGGAACCACCACCACCAGCAGCUGCUGCAGCACCUUUGGGUCUUGAGCAGGAUGAGCCUGGCGCGCUCUUGGGGGGCUCUGGUGGGGCUGGCCCUCCUCCCCCUCCUCCUCCUCCUCCUGCCCUCCACGUCGGCAUCGGAAGAGGGCCCGCCUGACCCCGAGUCGGAGGGCUACCAAGUCGUCACCUUCAAAUGGCACCACGUCCAGGACCCAUACAUCAUCGCCCUCUGGAUCCUGGUGGCCAGCGUGGCCAAGAUCUUCUUCCAUCUGUCCCAUAAAGUCACCACUGUGGUUCCAGAGAGUGUUCUGCUCAUUAUCCUUGGCCUUCUCCUGGGUGGCAUCGUGCUUGCAGCUGACCAUAUCGCCUCCUUCACCCUUACACCAAAUGUCUUUUUCUUCUACCUGCUGCCACCCAUCGUCUUAGAUGCAGGAUACUUCAUGCCAAACCGGCUCUUCUUCGGCAACUUGGGCACAAUUCUUCUCUAUGCUGUGGUUGGGACCAUCUGGAAUGCUGCCACCACAGGCCUUUCUCUGUACGGAGUGUAUCUCAGCGGAAUAAUGGGUGAACUUCAAAGUGGAUGGCUGGAUUUUCUCCUGUUCGGCAGUCUAAUAGCUGCAGUAGACCCUGUUGCGGUGCUGGCUGUGUUUGAAGAAGUCCAUGUCAAUGAUGUCCUCUUCAUCAUUGUUUUUGGAGAAUCACUGCUUAACGAUGCAGUAACUGUGGUGUUAUACAAUGUGUUUGACUCAUUUGUUUCAAUAGGAGCAGAAAAUAUAACAGCUGGAGACUGUAUCAAAGGCAUAGUAUCUUUCUUCGUGGUGAGCAUUGGCGGCACUCUCAUUGGUGUUAUCUUCGCAUUACUGCUCUCAUUCAUCACCCGUUUUACAAAACACGUCAGAAUCAUAGAGCCUGGAUUUGUAUUCGUCGUCUCCUACUUGUCUUAUCUGACUGCUGAAAUGCUCUCGCUUUCUGCCAUCCUUGCGAUAACCUUCUGUGGGAUCUGCUGUCAGAAAUAUGUCAAGGCAAAUAUUUCAGAACAGUCUGCUACCACUGUGAGGUACACUAUGAAGAUGCUGGCUAGUGGUGCAGAGACCAUUAUUUUCAUGUUCCUUGGAAUUUCUGCCGUUGAUCCUUCUAUCUGGACUUGGAACACAGCUUUUAUACUUUUGACAUUAGUCUUCAUUUUUGUCUACAGAGCCAUCGGUGUAAUUUUGCAGACAUGGGUCUUGAACCACUUCCGAAUGGUCCAGCUGGGGAUAAUAGACCAAGUGGUGAUGUCCUAUGGUGGCCUCCGUGGUGCAGUUGCUUUUGCUUUGGUGGUCCUUUUGGAUGGACACAAAGUCAAGGACAGAAACCUAUUUGUCAGCACAACAAUCAUUGUUGUGUUUUUUACUGUAAUAAUUCAGGGUUUGACUAUCAAGCCUUUGGUCCAAUGGCUGAAAGUGAAAAGAAGUGAGCACAGAGAACCCAAACUGAAUGAGAAGCUCCAUGGCAGGGCUUUUGACCACAUUCUUUCCGCUAUUGAAGAUAUAUCUGGCCAAAUAGGACACAAUUACCUGAGAGACAAGUGGUUGAAUUUUGACAGACAAGUACUCAGCAAAUUACUGAUGAGAAGGUCUGCUCAGAAAACCAGAGACCAGAUUCUUAAAGUUUUCCGUGAACUCAAUUUGAAGGAUGCCAUCAGCUAUGUAGCAGAGGGAGAGCGAAGAGGUUCUCUGGCAUUCAUCCGUUCCCCAAGUAUUGACAACACAGCUAAUGUGGACUUCAGUAUUAUCAAUCAAAUGAAUGGAGACACUUCUGUCUCGCAGCUACUGAGAGGGAGUGUCAGCUCUGUCUGCCUUGACAUGCAAGCCCUAGAAGAGAGAAGGAAAAGUAUCAGAGAUGCUGAAGAUAUGUUCACCCACCAUACCCUACAACAAUAUCUGUACAAACCCCGGCAAGAGCACAAACUUCUGUAUAGUCGCCAUGAAAUAACUCCAAAUGAAGAUGAUAAGCAGUACAAGGAGAUUUUCCGCCGAACCAUGAGAAGGCGCUUGGAGUCUUUCAAGAGCACCAAACUUGGGUUGCAGCAAUCUAAGAAGACCAUGAAAACGCACAGGAGGGGCCAAAAAAGAAAAAAUAGCAAUGUCAUUCCAAAUGGAAAUCUGCCCACAGAAGCCAUAAACGAUAAAGAAAUUGAGAUUUCUGAACCAGAAGAGAAUGAUUAUGAUCCUCGACAAACAGGGCUAGCAAUGGACUUCUUAGCUAAUGUCACCAAGCAGAAUUUCACAGACACAAGUGGUAUUGAUAAUCCAGUGUUUUCAGCCGACGUUGAACCAAAUGCCUCCAUGAGGUUUCCACCUUGGCUAUCUUCUGAAGAGAUGGUGGUGCCAUCCCAAAGGGCCCGCGUGCAAAUACCUUAUUCUCCAAACAACUUCCAACGGCUUGCCCCUAUCCGACUGAGCAAUAGAUCCAUAGAUUCCUUUUUUCAAAUAGAUGGUCCCGAAGAACGACCUAGAACCUUCCUCCCAGAUUCAACACACAUGUAA